AUGUGGAGAAUCAUGAGGAACCGACUGCCUACCUGCGACAACUUGGUUAAACGGAGGAUCCCACUCGGAGAAGAGGAAGUACUAUGCAAUGCAUGCUGCCAGAGGGAGGAAUCAGCUCAACACCUGUUUCUCCGAUGCCCGAAGACUGAAAUGGUGUGGAACGAAAUCCAAAAAUGGGUGGGAGUUGAUUCGGUUCGACCCGACAAUGUCGAAGCACACUUUGAAGCCUUCUCAAACCUUGGGACGAGGAAGACCAGUUCGAAGUUCCUCUCGGUUCUUUGGGCGUGCACCACUUGGCUUAUCUGGAAAGGGAGGAACGAAAGCAGAUUCGAGAGCAAGAACUGGGAGAUCGCUAAGAUGUUAGGUGGUAUUAAAGCUAGAUUGUGGAGUUGGAACAAAAUCUUCAACCUGUUGGAGGGCGAAGUUAGCUUUCAUGAUUGGAUGACAAAAGACAUUUCUUAUCUCUUUGUGUAA